GGCCUCAGCGGCGCGGGGUCCCGCCGGGCGGCGCCUGGAUCUGAAGAAGCGAGAGGCAGCAGGAACCUCCGAGGAGCCGAGCACAGCCCCCUCAGCCCAGUGUGGUGCCUGGCACAGUCGACCGUCGCUGCAGGAAAUAACGCCUGCAUUGAAUUCUUCUGACUCACCUGAGUAGCCAUCCAGCUAGUCUGGAGUCAGCCAAGGAGAGAGGUGUGAAUGAAUCCGUCAGCUCGUGCUAUGGCCGAUGAAGGGACGCGACAUUUCUGGGACGUUUGCGUGGGCCCUGCUGUGAUGUGAGCCGAGCGGUCACUGGUCGGACACUUGCCCCCCGCUCCCCUCACUGAGCACUCCAGGCACAACGAUCGUCUCUCUGUGGGUCUGUGUCCUGUCCUCCUCCUGCCAAGGUGAACAGCCCCAUCUACAGCCGGCUUCCCUCCUCUGAGAGCCCAGACAUGAGCGCAGGCCAAGCCGAUGACAGCCAGGGCUCCCGAGGGACGUGGGGCCCCGGGGGGCCCGGCCCCCAGGCGCAGGUCCUCUCAUGAUGCUGGAGCUCAGGACUGAGCACCAUGCCCAUCACCCAGGACAAUGCCGGGCUGCACCUGCCCCUGCUCUGCCGGUGGCUGGAGAACAGCCUGCGGGAGGGCGGGGACGGGCCCGAGCAGCGGCUGUGCCAGGCGGCCAUCCAGAAGCUGCAGGAGUACAUCCAGCUGAACUUCGCCGUGGAGGAGAGUGCGGGGCCCCCUGACCGCAGCCCCCCGGGGAUGGAGAUCUGCACUGUGUACCUCUCCAAGGAGUUGGGGGACACAGAUACUGUGGGCCUCAGUUUUGGGAACAUCCCUGUUUUUGGGGACUAUGGAGAAAAGCGCAGGGGGGGCAAGAAGAGGAAAACCCACCAGGGCCCCGUGCUGGACGUGGGCUGCAUCUGGGUGACGGAGCUGAGGAAGAACAGUCCGGCCGGGAAGAGCGGGAAGGUCCGGCUGCGUGACGAGGUCCUCUCCCUGAACGGGCAGCUGAUGGUCGGGGUGGACGUCAGUGGGGCCAGUUACCUGGCUGAGCAGUGCUGGAAUGGCGGCUUUAUCUACCUGAUCAUGCUGCGUCGCUUCAAGCACAAAGUCCAUUCUCCUUACAAUGGCAACAGCAGCAACAGCUCUGAACCCGGAGAGACACCGACCUUGGAGCUGGGUGACCGAGCAGUGAAAAAGGGAAAAAGAACAAGGAAGUUCGGAGUCAUUUCCAGGCCUUCUACCCACAAGGCCACUGAAGAAUCCAAGAGCGGCACUGGCUGUGAGUUGGACAAUGACCCCAUCUCUGAGCCGGACAAUGGCCCAGACCCUGAACUUGGCAAUGGUCAUGCCUUUGAGCUAGAAAACGGCCCAGAUUCUCUAAAGGAGGUGGCUGGAUCCCAUCCAGACAGGUCAGAAGCAGACAGAGGGACAGAGCACAGCGUUCCAAAGACAGAUGCUUCUCUGCCCACAAGUAAUGACAAACGCCACUUCUCAAAAUCGGGGAAGACGGACUUCCAGUCAAGUGACUGCCUGGCACGGGAGGAAGUCGGCCGGAUAUGGAAGCUGGAGCUGCUUAAAGAAUCGGAUGGGCUGGGAAUUCAGGUUAGUGGAGGCCGAGGAUCAAAGCGCUCACCUCACGCGAUCGUUGUCACUCAAGUGAAGGAAGGAGGUGCCGCUCACAGGGACGGCAGGCUGUCCUUAGGAGACGAGCUGCUGGUAAUCAAUGGUCACUUGCUGGUCGGGCUGUCCCACGAGGAAGCUGUGGCCAUUCUUCGCUCAGCCACGGGAAUGGUUCAGCUGGUCGUGGCCAGCAAGGAAACCUCUGCAGAGGACAUCCUGAGGUUAACAUCUAAGAGUUUGCCUGAUCUGACCAGCUCGGUAGAGGACGUGUCCUCUUGGACUGACAACGACGACCAGGAGCCAGACGGGGAAGAGGACGAAGGAACUGGCUCGUCUUCCAUCCAGGGAGCGGUCCCCGGGGCAGAUGAGGCCCACGACCCCGGUGGCUCCGAGGACGCCAAGGGAAACCUGGAAAGUCCCAAGCAGGGCGGCAGUAAGAUGAAGCUCAAGAGCCGUCUGUCAGGAGGUGUACACCGUCUAGAAUCUGUUGAAGAAUAUAACGAGCUGAUGGUGCAAAAUGGGGACCCCCGGGCCAGGAUGUUGGAGGUGUCCCGAGAUGGCCGGAAGCACUCUCUCCCCCAGCUACUGGAAUCUUCGAGCACAGCACAGGACUUCCACAUCGUGAAGAAGUCCACCCGCUCCCUGAGCGCCACGCAGGUGGAAUCCCCCUGGAGACUCAUCCGGCCGUCGGUCAUCUCCAUCAUCGGGCUGUACAAAGAGAAGGGCAAGGGCCUUGGCUUCAGCAUCGCGGGCGGUCGCGACUGCAUUCGAGGACAGAUGGGGAUUUUCGUCAAGACCAUAUUCCCGAACGGAUCGGCUGCAGAGGAUGGAAGACUUAAAGAAGGGGAUGAAAUCCUAGAUGUAAAUGGAAUACCAAUAAAGGGCUUGACGUUUCAAGAAGCCAUUCAUACCUUCAAGCAAAUCCGGAGUGGAUUAUUUGUGUUAACGGUACGCACAAAAUUGCUGAGUCCAAGCCUCACGCCCUGCUCAACACCCACGCACAUGAGCAGAUCCAGCUCCCCAAACUUCAAUGCCAGUGGGGGAACCUCGGCAGUAGGCCCCGAUGAAAGCAGCCCCUCGUCCCUGGGGCGGAAGGCCCCUGGGCCCAAGGACAGAAUUGUCAUGGAAGUAACGCUGAACAAAGAGCCCAGAGUCGGGUUGGGCAUCGGCGCCUGCUGCCUGGCUCUGGAAAACAGCCCCCCGGGCAUCUACAUCCACAGCCUCGCCCCCGGAUCCGUGGCCAAGAUGGAGAGCAACCUGAGCCGCGGAGACCAAAUCCUCGAAGUGAACUCCGUCAACGUCCGCCAUGCCGCUUUAAGCAAAGUCCACGCCAUCUUGAGCAAGUGCCCCCCAGGACCCGUUCGCCUCGUCAUCGGCCGGCACCCCAACCCAAAGGUUUCGGAGCAGGAAAUGGACGAAGUGAUAGCACGCAGCACUUACCAGGACAGCAAGGAGGCCAGUUCCUCUCCUGGCUCAGGUACCCCCUUGAAGAGCCCCUCCUUUGCAAAGAAGGACUCCUUGGUCUCUGACUCUGAACUCUCCCAGUACUUCGCCCAGGACGCCCCAGGCCCCCUGUCGGACUUUGUGGUGGCCGGCUCCGAGGACGAGGACCACACAGGCAGCGGCUGCAGCAUCUCUGAGGACGGCAGCCUGCCGCCCAGCACCCCUGCUCACAAGGAGCCCGGAAAAGCCAGGGCCAACAGCCUUGUAUGUCUGGGAAGCCAGCGGGGCUCCGGGCUCUUCCACAAGCAGGUGACAGUUGCCAGACAAGCCAGUCUCCCUGGAAGCCCACAGGUGCUCCGAAAUCCUCUCCUCCGCCAGAGGAAGGUGGGCUGCUACGAGGCCGACGAUGCCAGUGAUGAGGGCGAGUUCGACAGCGAAGGCGACUGCGUUUCCCUCCCAGGGACCCUCCCAGGUUCCGGCAGGCCUCGGACGGAGGUCGACUCCAGGCCUGUCUCCAUGACCUCUUCCAAGGUCACGGGCAUCAACAACCAGGAGGAACAUCCCCCGAAAACCCUGGUCAGCAAGGCCUCCUCAGUGCCUCUCCUGGGUAGUGCAUCAAACUUAGAGCAGAGUGUCCCAGGGGCCUUGGGGGACACUCUUUUGCAUGCAGCCAGCCUGCUGUCCUCUGCAGAGGCCGCCAAGGGUGGCUCUGGCGGCUCAGGGCGGAAGGAAGUGUCAGGAUCCAGGAGUUCACCCAAACUGGAGUACAGAGCCAGUCCCCGGAGUCCAGUGAGUGCAGACGGUCCCGGUUGCCCCCAGAAGGAUGGAAGCCUGGGGUCCAGACACAAACCUGUGGCCAGGGUCAGCCCACACUGCAAGUGGCCAGAGGCCAAUGCCAGGCUCGGCAGCUCAGAGACAGUGAACCUGAUGGAGGGAGCUGAUGACCCAUGUGGUCUGGAUUCCGAAGUCCAGGGCACAUCGGGGCAAGGGACCACAACUGGUUUUCGACCCGGUGGAACUGUGGAAAAGGAACCUCUGGGGAAGCGGACUGCCGGGCACGGGCCCCACCCAGGUGCUGGCCGCCUCGCCGAGAACCUGCCCGAAGCGGCACCAGACCAGGGGCAGCAACCCAGGACAGGACUGGAUGGCUCCCCAGACCAUGUCCCUUCCCCAGGGCCCAAGGGGGCCGCUCACCCUAACCCCAGCAAAACCUCAGGGGACACAGAACAAGUGAGGCAGCCUGAGGACCCCAGAGGGCCAGUGUCACCCAGGGUCCCCAAGUCUGUGGACAGAUGUCACGUCGCCGGCCUUGCCCAGGACCACAGCACCUCCCCAGGGAAGACCACAGCGGCUCACCCGGACUUCAGUGCCACUAAGGCAGCCUCCGAAACCAGUCGGCCAGACACCCCUGGGAAGGCAGGCGCGCACGGGGCAGCAGGACCCGAGGCAGAGGGGGCGACUCCGGCAGGCCCCGUCCUGUCACCAGGCCUCCUCGCGGGCCAGGAGAGACAAGGAGUUCCCAGUGACCACAGCCAAGUGCUGCACAGGAUGGAGGCCCUCACACCUGAGCGCGCCGGGGAGUCGGUGCUGCUCCAGGGAACAGACGCCAGGCCCGCAGGGGCACCGCAGACCCGCGGCGCCGGCACGUCACCCCCAGAGGAGCGCAGCAGCGCCUCGGGCCCCGGCCGCCCCACGGGGAGCGGAGGGGGCCCUGUGACUGACAUCGACGGCCUCAUCCAGGAGCUGGUGGUUUCGGAAGGAAGGCCACGGUCUCCGGACAAAGGGGACUGGGCAAGUGGAGAGGACGGCUCGCAGGGCCCGCUCCCUGCGGCAGCCGGAGGGGGGCGUGCGGGCCGCGCCGAGCCGGCCGCUGGGAGCCAGACCCCAAGCCCGGGGAGGGCCUGCGCCGCCGGCGUGCAGUGGGCCUCCCAUCCCUCCGUGUUGGAUUCCAUCAACCCCGACAAACACUUCGCUGUGAGCAAAAGCUUUCUGAGCAACUACUCGAGAAAUUUUAGCCCUUUCCACGAGGACAGCACAUCCCUGUCGGGCCUGGGUGACAGCACAGAGCCGUCUCUGUCCUCUAUGUACGGCGACGCGGAGGACUCGUCAUCUGACCCCGAGUCGCUCCCUGAAGCCUCACGACCUGCCACCCGGGUCAGCUGGUCCCCUCCUCGUUCUCGGGGGUCGUCUCCCAAGGAAGAGGCCACGGAGUCUGAGGAGGAACAAAUUGAAAUUUGUGCCACCCACGGUCCCCCCAAGCCCGCCCCGACGGCAGCACGCCCACCUACCCGGACAGCACCCUGCCCUACUCCGGCCAGAGUCGUGCAAGGUGCACCCAGCGAGGCUGCGGCGAGGCCCCGCGAGGGGGUGUCCCCUGCAACCCCAGACGCUGCCCCGCCGUUGGUUCUCCUGGAUGGAAACUCUCAGGGGUGCAAACCCCACGCAGACCUAAGAAUGGCACAGAAGCGCAGGUCUUUGUGUGAAGGAGCAGCCGUGGAAGCCACCGGCAGUGGCUCAGCCGCGGAAAACAGCCAGGCUUCUGAAGCCACCAGGCGUUCGCACAACCACGCAGUCCCUCUCAACCCUCCUAGCACGGUAAAUGGUUUGGGACAUGACUUGCUGGACGGCAAAAGUCCGGAUAAGAAACCAGAAACUAAAAUUAAUGCAACCGAAAAUCGGUCCUCCUUUCGUAUGGGUGCCCCUGAGAACGGGGAAUCUGUUUUGACCAACCUGCACAUCUCUGAGAGUCAAGACCCGGAUGACCUUCUGCAGAAGCCAAAAAUGGUCUCCAGGAGGCCCAUCAUGGCCUGGUUUAAAGAAAUCAAUAAAGGAAACCAAGGUACACACUUGCAGAGCCAAACUGAAAAGGAACAGGCCGUGGCGCCACCCAGAAGUCCCGACUCUAAAAGCCAGGCGCUGGGCACGAACCACAAAAAGGGGGCUGCUGUGCCCAACAGUCCCCCUCAGCCGAAACUGAAUCUUGAAAAUAAAGACACACCUAAAAAAAGCUCAGUGGAAACCCUUCUAAAUAACUGUCAGAAAUCCAAAUGUGGCCCUAAGCUGAGGAGACUGAGCAUCAAGAGCAAAAGCAAAGGUGGUUCCGAGGUCCCUGCGGCUAAUCCACCAAAGGCCAGUGGGGCAGACCAUCGGAGACCCCUCGUUUCCCCCCAGGCCUCCCACAAAGCGCUUCCUAAGGCAGCAUCACACCGGCUCCAGGGAGCCGACCGUGAGGACCCCGGCAGAAACACCACAGCCACUGUCAAGUCCCCCCAGAGUGUGCUGGAGAGCAGGCCACCCGCUGCAGCCCCGGGGUCACUGAGGCCGUCAGCAUCAGACACGAGCAUCAGACCGUUCGCUUGCUCCCCGACCUCCCCCAAGGCUCUUCCCGAGCAGGGUUUGGGGGCUAGAUUCCACCCAGCUGUCCACUCUGAAUCCGACAGAGGCUGCCCGGCCACCCCCAGAUCGCCUAAGUGUGGACCAGAGAGCAGGGAGGCUUCAGGGACAGGCGCUGCAGCGUUGAGGAGCAGCAUGUCCGUGGAAGUGGACUCGAGGGAGACCCCGCCCCCUAGGCAGGGCCAGCAGCUCUCAGCCAGCCAGACAGGUUUGGUACCAGGAGUAGCCCAACCCAGGGCAACUGGCGACAAAGGAAGCCAAACAAUUGCCGGUGAUCUCCCAGAAAGAACAAACCAGCUGAAAAUAGUUGAAAUUUCUUCUGAGAGAAUGCCAAAGAAAGCAUGGGGCGGUGCAUCCACCGAAAGUGACAGACCGGGAGGGUUCUUGGCCCAGAGCAACUAUCAGGAGAAGAGUGAAAUCAGACUCUGUCACCAGUCAGUGGAAUUGUCCCCAAAUCAUCCACCCUCACUCACGUCGUCGCGUGCCUCCCAGGCGGAGCAGGAAACGCAGCGCCCCCUCGGCAUGGCGAAAGUGGCCGCCUCCUGCUCCCCGCAGCUGCCUGCUGCAAAGGCAGGUUCCUCUCUGGGAAAGUCGCUCCAGAUGUCAGAGUCCCCAGGGACACCCCAGAACGGCACACCGGGGGGCCCAGCACUGGAUGAGCAUCCCUAUUUCAUGCCAAGGCCAGCGACCAGGACCUACUCCAUGCCAGCCCAGUUCACAAGCCAUUUUGGACGGGAAGGGCCUUCCCUGCCCAGCCCAGGUCGCUCUCACCGGGACAUCCCUGCUACAAGCGGUGGCCUCCUUGAGGCCAGGGUGUCCCGAGGCGGUGCUCUUGGCCUGGUUAAUGGACAGGGUGUGUAUAGUGUGAAGCCCCUGCUGGAGAUGUCAAGGAACCUUCCGACGACUGACAAAGGGGAUGGCCUUUCAGUGCAGGAGAUGGGCUGCCUAGUCACAGACAAAAUCAAGGUCACCAGGAGACAUUACUACUCUGAGCAGAACUGGCCCCAUGAAUCUACCUCAUUUUUCUCUGUGAAGCAGAGGAUCAAGUCCUUUGAGAACCUGGCCAAUUCUGACCGGCCCACGCCCAAGUCUGGGGCUUCCUCUUUUCUGUCUGUGAGCUCCAAGCCUCCCCUCGGGAGGCGGUCUUCUGGCAGCGUGGCUUCGGGGAGCUUCGGCCCCCCCAGUGACCCGACCGCGAGGUCCCUGAGACGCAGCCUGAGCUCCUGCAGCGAGAGCCAGAGUGAAGCCAGCAGCCUCAUCCCCCAGAUGACCAAGUCCCCGUCCAGCAUGACGCUGAUGGUCUCCCGGCAGAACCUGGUGGAGGCCAGUAUCAAGGGCCCUGACCCUGACCCGAAGAAACCGCCCGGGCCUUCCGGAAUCCCCACCCCAACGGUGCCACCUGCUGCCCCCAUCAGGAGGAGCAAGUGCUCAGUGCGCCACACCCAGCCCUCGCCCCUGUCGCGCUCCAAGCUCCAGGAACUGAGGGCCUUGAGCAUGCCCGACCUUGACAAGCUCUGCAACGAGGACUUCUCUGCAGGGCCCACGGCUGUGCUCUUCAAAACCGAGCUGGAAAUCGUGCCCAGAAGGUCGCCCGGAUCCCCAGCCGGGGGCCUCAAUGGGUCCACUGCCCUUCUGUGCCCUGUGAAGGGCGGGGACAGGGCCUGUCCAGCGGGAGGCAGGCCUAAAGCUGGGGAGCCUGGGACACCCAGCUCCACCAACGCGGGUGAAACCACCCAGGCUCCGCCUUCCCGAAAAAGCUGGUCGGUUAAUUUGGACCAGCUUCUAGUGUCUGUGGGGGACCAGCAAAGAUUACAGGCCGUUUUGUCCUCGGUGAGGUCAAAGUCUACCGUCCUGACGCUCAUGCAGGAGGCGAAAGCACAAUCAGAGAAUAAAGAAGAUGUUUGCUUCGUAGUCUUGACUAAAAAAGAAGGCUCAGGUCUGGGGUUCAGUGUGGCCGGAGGGUCAGAUGUGGAGCCGACAUCGACUGUGGUCCACAGGGUAUUUUCUCAGGGGGCAGCUUCUCAGGAAGGGACCGUGCACCGAGGGGAUGUCCUUCUGUCAGUCAACGGCGCUUCACUGGCUGGCUUAGCCCAUGGGGACGUCCUGAAGGUUCUGCACCAGGCACAGAUGCACAAAGAUGUCCUUGUGGUCAUCAGGAAAGGAAACAGCCAGCCCAGGCCCUCCAGCCAGCAGGAGCCACCCACAGCCAACGGGAAGGGCUCCCUGCCCAGAAAGAGCAUCUCCCUGGAGCCCGGAGUGGGGAGAAGCACAGCCGCACACGAUGCUCUGUGCGUCGAAGUGCUGAAGACUGCGGCCGGGCUGGGACUGAGCCUGGACGGAGGGAAACCGUCCCUGUCUGGGGAUGGGCCUCUGUUCAUUAAACGAGUGUACAAAGGCGGUGCGGCUGAACAGGCCGGAACAAUCGAAGCUGGGGAUGAGAUCCUCGCCAUUAACGGGAAACCCCUGGUGGGGCUCCUGCACUUCGAUGCCUGGAACAUCAUGAAGUCGGUCCCCGAGGGACCCGUGCAGCUGGUGAUCAGGAAGCACAGGAAUGCCUCCUGAGACCAGCGCGAGUGGGGACACUCACAGUUGUGAACGAGAGUCGCCUUUCUCUGUCCCCUCCAUACCUUAGCAAAUCAGACUUCUUUACACCAGGGCUUCCUGAAACAGCAGAGGCGCACUGGCGUGGGCAAGGACCACAAAAAUCUCCACUUUCACUGACACAGGAAGCUCGACUCUGGGAGCUUUCUGCCAGGACCACCCAGGCCAGGAGGGUUCAUUCUGUCGCAGCGCUGCUCCCCCAGCUUUCACUGCUCCUGAUGGGGAUACAGAAGUGGCAUGCGGCCCUCUCUCAACACCCAGCUGGACCUUCGCUUCCCUUCUGCCACCUCGCCUGACAUACCUGAUCCACCCAACUAGGGAGCCCACAGAGUCCGUGCAAACGUCAUAACUGAACAGACUCCAGAUUUAUGUAAAUUUGUAAGUAACCAGACUUGAGGGACAUGCAAUGGAGAGAGCCGUGGUCUGGAUGUUACCUGGAAAAGGAGACAUAAAAAAUAUAUAUAUGAAUCAAUUAUGACCUAAUGGUUAGGCUGAGCUCAGGAAUUAUCCAAAGUGAAAAAGCAAACUACAGGAAGUGGUGUGUUUUAGUGAGUGUAAUGUGCAAUGUACAGAUGCAGAGUACAAUUCAGUGGGUUACUGAGCACCAUGGCGUGUUGGUCGUAACCUCGUAGAAGUGUAGGUCGGAAGGCUCUUUUACCGAAAUGCAGUUCUGAUCAACUGUACUAAAUAGCCAUGAACUUUGCUGCUAAGCAGGAAGUUCCAGCUCUGAAAGCACCUUGUAUUCAGUUGGGAACUGGUUUUGAAUUCGAGCUUGAGUUCAAGACUGGCCAACACAAGAGCAGGCAGAACCAUUGCAGUCACUGGGUUUCUAUGCCUGUAUUUUAUGUACUCCAACCAGUAAUUUUCAAUUUUUAGAAAUCAAGUAUCUUUUUAGUGUCCUUGGAUUUAUAAACAUAGGCAUUAUAUUUACAAUCCAAAUAGAGGAGCUUAAAAUAGUUCUUUCAAGGGACUUUUUUGGUCGUUCCUUUCCCCUUCCCAGCAAGCUUUAAAAAACGGGCUGUUUCUAAGCAUUGGAUCACUUUUGCUGACCUGGGUGUAAUGACAUACCUCUGCAGCGACUGAAGUUUUGCUAUUUUUGUCUGUUUUGCAAAGUCUUCCUUUUGCCCAACUGCUACCCUACAGAAGACCAUUGUUACUCACACUGCUUGUGAAACUUGUCCCAGCUGCUCUCCUUUCAAAGCAGGAGCUUCAUCGGUGCUGUUCCUUGUCACAAAAUGGGCUUUUCUCCCCUCGUACUUCUCAUCAGCUUCAUUCACCAAAGGGUAGUAAAGAGGAGAAUGGAGAACAAGAGCAAGUCCCUCGUUCAAGGUAAAAGAGCAGGACUAUGUAGUUACUAUCCAAAUUCUCAAGGGGGGCACAGGCUAGCUGAUUGAGUUUAGGGAAUACAGGUGAGACUGCACACCUGUGAACAUCACGACGCUAAGGUUUUAUGUUGGAGCGUCUUUAAUAACCUGCAGCUUGGGCCCGUGGCUUAGAAGAGGAACUCGGGUCAUUACACCCCCAAUCACGGAGGCGCUUGAGCCGUCAACUCUGUACACCACCUUUCUGCGAGUAUGAUCCCAAUAAACCUCUGUGCAUCUGAGCCAGAGGGCUCUCUCAGAUGGGAGUGAAAUGUCUGGUUGGUGUGAGCCUACAUUUCUCAUUUUUUUUUAACAGGCUAUACAAGCGGAAAUGUAGUACAGGAAUUAGCAAGGACCUGAUUAAUUUAGCCUCUACUUUCCACUAUAAUUCCAGGUAGGAUACUCUAGAAACUCAGUGCAAGCUGCAUGCUAGGUUGUUUUUAAGUCUUUGGGGGUCAGUUUUGUGGUUUGUUUCCUUGACACGAGACUAUUUGAAGUCAACACUGAAAACAGAUUUUGGCCUCUACUCCCAGCUGUGCCCGAGGAGCAGUCCUGUCCUCUGUGACCGGGCAGGGCUUUCCAGAGCAAUGCCCAGCAGUGUGGGGGAGUGGGGGGGGUCUCCCUCGAGUGUCCGACCCUCACUCGCACCUGAGGAAUGCACGGGCGGACCUCUGGCUCACCAAACUCUGUUCAAGUCAUCAGCCAUUUCUCAUAGAUCUUGCUGGAAGGAUUCCCUGGCAGACAGUUUGAACAUAAGGGAGGAAGCAGAAGCUAAACUGUUUUGACCCUAAGAUAGAGAGCUAUUUAUUUGUGUUCAGUGUUCAAGGCAUGACUAGUAUUUCUAAUUAGUCUAAUAAGUUCCCACAGUUUCUGAAGUGAACACUAAUGGUAUUGUCCUACUAAAACGCUCAUUGUUUUGGUUUUUAACUGGUCGGUCAUUCACAAUAAGCUAUGAGGGUAAAUAUGUGUUAUGAUACGUGAAUCAUAGUUGCCAGGAUCAACCAUGAAGGUUGAAGUAGGUUGAGUUCAUUUCUGUUCUACCGUAUGCAUCUCAUUUAACUUUGUUUGACCUAAUUGGCACCGCACCUGUUGGUUGUAUGAUAUACAUAAUUAUUUAUGUAAAGUAAAAAUGCCUUAUAUUAUUAAAGAGUAAGUGCAAUAAUAUGAAAUAGCCUGUACAUUUUAAAAUGUUGUCACUGUUAUGUAAACCCACAUCUCUGUAAACAACCUUUUGUAAGUAAUUUUAAAAAAAAUAAACACUCUGCUUACUAGUUUUUCUAGU